UCCUCACUUUUCAAAAGCAUUUCAUUCGAACUGAUUGUCCGUUCCGAUUACUCUGUGUGUUUCACCAAACUUUGCCCUUUUUAAAAAAUAUUAUGUCAGUUACUCGGUCUAGAUCUCGCCGUAUGUCCAUGAUGGAAACGUCCAGUACCUCGUCUACGCCCCUGAAAAGUACUACCUCCACAGAACGUGGUCUCGGCAAUAAUUCCCUGGUGACCCCGAAUCGCGAAAACACGCCGCGUCCCAAGUUGAGCGCUCUCACCAAAAAAAUACUUAAUCAAUUCGAAGUUGAGGAAGAAAACGAGACACAGGGAGAGCAGAAGCCUCUUUGCAAUCCCAGAUCCCUUGAACAGGAUAUAUUCGAUAAAUCGCUUGAUUCUACGGAAAUGCUGACUAAGUCAUCGCAACGUAACCAAAAUGUUACGAAGAAAGCGGUGGUAAAGAUCCAAAGAACAAAUGCUGAUGCCGGCAAGGUUUUAUCAGUAGCUACAUUGAAGGCCGAGAAACUUGGAGCUACAAAAAUGGCCGAUGAUUUUUGUGAAGUCCAAACUACAACUAACAAAAUUGAAGACAUUGCAGUAAAACAGCCAAAUGGGGCCUCCUCUAAAACAAAGAACGAGAUGCCCUCGAACCCAUCGGACAAAAAAGUGAUCGAUCAGAAACAGACCUAUGAAGCAAUAGAGAACGAACAAUCUUUGAAAUCUAUAAGCAAAAUUUCACACUUUAAAAAAGUUGAGCAAAAUGAGACUGUAUCAAAAGUCGAGAAUAACAACGAAUGCAUUACUCCUCUUGAUCAAAAGCAAAUUUUUGUCCCGAAGGAGUCAAUGAGAUCUGGUAUCGAGAAUCCGCCGAUUGCCAAGACUAUAGUAAAGUCCGCUACUCUUGCUAAUUUUGAUAACUUAAAUCCUUCAACGGACUUUGCUGUCCCAAAAUCCAAUAUGCGAAAGCCCAAGAAAAUUGUGGAUGCUCCUGGUGGCGUCCCAAAAAGUAACAAAUUUGAAGCCAUUACAGUAAAACAUCAAAAUGGGGCCUCUUCUAAAACAAAGAGUACGCCGCGCUCGAAGACAACGGACGACAUUUUAACCAUCGUCGAGCAGGAAGAGACCUUUGAAGCCGAGAAGAACCAACCAUCCCCAAAAUCUAUUAACGAAGUUUUACCCAUCAAAGAGGUCCUGUCAAAAGUCGAGAUGAACAACGAAUGCUUCAAAAAUCUUGAUCCAAAGGACACUCCCAUUGGUAUCCCGAAGGAAUCAAUGGGAUCUGCUAACGAAAAUCCGUCGAUCGCAAUGACUGUAGUAAAAUCACCUCAUCGUGCUAAUGUUGAUAACUUAAAUCCUUCAACAUCCUUCGAUGCCCCAAAAUCCAACAUGCGAAAGCGCAAACUUGAGUUGGAAAUGGGCGAUAGGGCAAAGCGCUUUAAGGCUUCACUUGAUGACUCCAAAAAUAAGAUAGAGGAUUAUCUCGACAAGAUCAUUUCCUGCUUGGAGGACGAUUCUAAACAGGCUUCUAAGACAUCUAGUAAGCCGAAGAGGAAAAGGAUCAAGAAGCAAAGGCCUCGUGGGGAAUAUGUGCUAAAGAGAUUGGAUGGGGCGAACAACGAUUCACUGAAUCCCAUUUGCACAAGCGCCAACUGCAAAAAGGCGAUUCCAUCGCUUAAGAGAAAACCCAAAGUUAAGAUGAUUAAGACCAGCUCGGGUUUAGUAUGUGAGGAGGCAAUGAGCAACGACGAGGGUUCGGUUUGUUUUUCUGUCGUUACCACUGUUAAAGUCUUAAAGAACGCUACUGUUGUUUAAUUUGUUUAUUGUUUUUCGUUAAAUUAUAAAGCCCCUUACACAAACCGUUAAAAAUAUAUACACAUACAUACAAACAAAAGAAAUUUUUUGCGAGUCGAUCGUCUCCCUAGCUUUUUAGAAUAAUGAAAACAAAUUUUGUAAGCUUGAAUAAGCGUUACCACCUGAAAUUCAAAUAAAUCACGUAUUUUGGUUUUUGGA